CACCCCACCGGUCUGGGAUGUACCUUUCCAUCUGUUGCUGCUUUCUUCUCUGGGCCCCUGCCCUGACACUUAAAAACCUGAACUAUUCCGUGCCGGAGGAGCAAGGGGCCGGCACGGUCAUUGGCAACAUCGGCAAGGAUGCUCGACUGCAGCCGGGGCUUCCGCCGGCUGAAAGAGGCGGCAGCGGCGGCGGGAGAAGCAAGUCCGGCAGCUACCGGGUGCUGGAGAACUCGGCACCGCACUUGCUGGACGUGGACGCCGACAGCGGGCUCCUGUACACCAAGCAGCGCAUAGACCGCGAAUCCCUGUGCCGCCACAACGCCAAAUGCCAGCUGUCCCUGGAAGUGUUCGCCAACGACAAGGAGAUCUGCAUGAUCAAGGUAGAGAUCCAGGACAUCAACGACAACGCUCCCUCGUUCCCCUCGGAUCAGAUCGAGAUGGAUAUCUCGGAGAACGCCGCCCCGGGCACCCGCUUCCCCCUGACCAGCGCCCACGACCCGGACGCAGGUGAGAACGGGCUCCGCACCUAUCUGCUCACGCGCGAUGACCACGGCCUCUUUGCACUGGACGUCAAGUCCCGCGGCGACGGCACCAAGUUCCCCGAGUUGGUCAUCCAGAAGGCGCUGGACCGCGAGCAACAGAACCACCAUACGCUGGUGCUGACCGCCCUGGAUGGGGGCGAGCCGCCGCGUUCCGCCACGGUGCAGAUCAACGUGAAAGUGAUCGACUCCAACGACAACAGUCCGGUCUUCGAGGCGCCUUCCUAUCUGGUGGAAUUGCCCGAGAACGCCCCGCUGGGCACGGUGGUCAUCGAUCUGAACGCCACCGACGCCGACGAGGGUCCCAAUGGGGAAGUGCUUUACUCCUUCAGCAGCUACGUGCCCGACCGCGUGCGGGAGCUCUUCUCCAUCGACCCCAAGACGGGCCUGAUCCGCGUGAAGGGGAACCUGGACUAUGAAGAGAACGGGAUGCUGGAGAUUGACGUGCAGGCCAGAGACCUGGGGCCCAACCCUAUCCCGGCCCACUGCAAGGUCACGGUCAAGCUCAUCGACCGCAACGACAACGCGCCGUCCAUCGGUUUCGUCUCCGUGCGCCAGGGGGCGCUGAGCGAGGCCGCCCCGCCUGGCACAGUCAUCGCCCUAGUGCGGGUCACCGACCGGGACUCCGGCAAGAACGGACAGCUACAGUGCCGGGUGUUGGGUGGAGGAGGAACCGGCGGCGGCGGCGGUGGCCUGGGUGGGCCUGGGGGUUCUGUCCCCUUCAAGCUCGAAGAGAACUAUGACAACUUCUACACGGUGGUGACCGACCGUCCCCUCGACCGGGAGACGCAGGACGAGUACAACGUGACGAUCAUCGCGCGGGACGGGGGCUCGCCUCCCCUCAACUCCACCAAGUCCUUCGCAGUCAAGAUUCUGGAUGAGAACGACAACCCGCCCCGUUUCACCAAAGGGCUGUAUGUGCUGCAGGUGCACGAGAACAACAUUCCCGGAGAGUACCUGGGCUCUGUGCUCGCCCAGGAUCCCGACCUGGGUCAAAAUGGCACCGUGUCCUAUUCCAUCUUGCCCUCGCACAUCGGCGACGUGUCCAUCUACACGUACGUGUCCGUCAACCCCACCAACGGGGCCAUCUACGCCCUGCGCUCCUUUAACUACGAACAGACGAAAGCCUUUGAGUUCAAGGUGCUGGCGAAGGACUCCGGGGCGCCCGCGCACCUGGAGAGCAACGCCACGGUGAGGGUGACCGUGUUAGACGUGAAUGACAACGCUCCGGUGAUCGUACUGCCCACGCUACAGAACGACACCGCCGAGCUGCAGGUCCCGCGUAACGCCGGCCUGGGUUACCUGGUGAGCACCGUGCGCGCCCUGGACAGCGACUUUGGAGAGAGCGGGCGCCUCACCUAUGAAAUUGUGGAUGGCAACGACGACCACCUGUUUGAGAUCGAUCCAUCCAGCGGGGAGAUCCGUACGCUGCACCCCUUCUGGGAGGACGUGACCCCCGUCGUGGAACUCGUGGUGAAGGUGACAGACCACGGCAAGCCCACGCUUUCCGCGGUGGCCAAGCUCAUCAUUCGCUCGGUGAGUGGCUCCCUGCCAGAGGGGGUACCCCGCGUGAACGGGGAGCAGCACCACUGGGACGUGUCGCUGCCGCUCAUCGUGACUCUGAGCACCAUCUCCAUCAUCCUCCUAGCGGCCAUGAUCACCAUCGCUGUCAAGUGCAAGCGGGAGAACAAGGAGAUCCGCACUUACAACUGCCGCAUCGCUGAAUACAGCCACCCGCAGCUGGGCGGGGGCAAAGGCAAGAAGAAGAAGAUCAACAAAAACGAUAUCAUGCUGGUGCAGAGCGAGGUGGAGGAGAGGAACGCCAUGAACGUCAUGAACGUGGUGAGCAGCCCCUCCCUGGCCACCUCCCCCAUGUACUUUGACUACCAAACCCGCCUGCCCCUCAGCUCGCCCAGGUCAGAGGUGAUGUAUCUUAAACCAGCCUCCAACAACCUGACUGUCCCGCAGGGACACGCAGGCUGCCACACCAGCUUCACCGGACAAGGGACUAAUUCGAGCGAGACCCCUGCCACUCGGAUGUCCAUAAUUCAGACAGACAAUUUUCCCGCAGAGCCCAAUUACAUGGGCAGCAGGCAGCAGUUUGUUCAAAGUAGCUCCACGUUUAAGGACCCAGAGAGAGCCAGCCUGAGAGACAGUGGGCACGGGGACAGUGAUCAGGCUGACAGUGACCAAGACACUAACAAAGGCUCCUGCUGUGACAUGUCUGUUAGGGAGGCACUCAAGAUGAAAACUACUUCAACUAAAAACCAACCACUUGAACAAGAGCCGGAAGAGUGCGUUAAUUGCACAGAUGAAUGCCGAGUGCUUGGUCAUUCUGAUAGGUGUUGGAUGCCCCAGUUCCCUGCAGCCAAUCAGGCUGAAAAUGCAGAUUACCGCACAAAUCUCUUUGUACCCACAGUGGAAGCUAAUGUUGAGACUGAGACUUACGAAACUGUGAAUCCCACUGGGAAAAAGACUUUUUGUACAUUUGGAAAAGACAAGCGAGAGCACACUAUUCUCAUUGCCAAUGUCAAACCUUAUUUAAAAGCCAAACGUGCCCUGAGCCCUCUCCUCCAGGAGGUCCCUUCCGCUUCCAGCAGUCCAACCAAGGCAUGCAUCGAGCCUUGCACCGCAACCAAAGGCUCCCUGGAUGGUUGUGAAGCAAAACCCGGAGCCCUGGCCGAAGCAAGCAGUCAGUACUUGCCCAAUGACAGUCAAUACCUGUCUCCUAGUAAGCAACCGAGAGACCCUCCCUUCAUGGCUUCCGACCAGAUGGCAAGAGUCUUCGCAGAUGUGCAUUCCAGAACCAGCCGGGAUUCUGGAGAGAUGGGUCCUGUCCUGGAGCAACCUGAUCACCCCAACAGGGAUCUGGGCAGAGAGUCUGUGGAUGCAGAGGAAGUUGUGAGAGAAAUUGAUAAGCUUUUGCAGGACUGCCGAGGGAAUGACCCAGUCGCUGUGAGAAAAUGAGGAAAGCAAGCAAGCAAGCAAGCAUUGGCAAUUUCUUGUCUCUUCUGUUGAGUUAAAAAUAAAUAAAUAAAUAAAAGUGAUCGCUCCUGGUGACAACCCCUUUUAUAAGGGAUGGACGAAGACCAAUGCUGCUUCAGGCUUUUAGUGAACAUCUGAGGUGCCCACAAGUAUGUUCGUUUCACUGCUGUUUCUUUUUUCAGAAAUAACAAUGGUUUCAUUUUGACAAAACUUAUAUUUAGGACAGAAUGAAUGAUGCUUAAUGAG